AUGUUGAAACGCGCUGGUGGGGCAAACUCAUCGCCCAACAUUGUCAACAUUGUGGCAACGGCACACUUGAGUAGAACACAGUUAAAACUGGAGGAGAUUGCAGAGAAGGCGAAAAACUCAGAGUACAACCCAAAGCGAUACAGCGCCAUCAUCAUGCGGAUCAAAGAGCCCUCGGCAACAGCCCUCAUCUUCUCCACGGGCAAAGUGGUCAUCAUGGGUGCCAAAAGCGAGGAAGCUGCUCACGCUGCGGCACGACAGUUUGCACAGAACAUCACAAAGGCGGGAACUCGGGUGUCUUUGCGAGAGAUUAAGAUACACAACGUCGUCGGCCGGGUGGACAUUGGCUUCAAGCUACAUCUCGACAACCUGCAUGUUGAGCAUCCAGCGUGGUCAACAUAUGAUCCAGAAUCGUUUCCGGGCCUCACAUAUCGCAUGCAGGAGCCAGAUGUUGUUCUCCUCAUCUUCCACAGUGGGAAGAUUGUGCUCACAAAGGCAAAGUAG